AUUUUUCUUUAGGUAAUAUAUACAUUAUAAAUACUGGGAUUAAUUUUACAUUAUUAUAAAAAAAGGAAAAUGUAUAAAAACAUUAAAUGGUUAGUUAUUGGAAUUUUUGUUGUUAUUGUGAAAUCAGAAGGUAGUUGUAAGCUCAAGGAUACUGUUGGAACAGUAUCUUACUUGAACAAGUUAUUUACGAAGUAUGGUAACAAUGGAAAUUCGUCCACAUACAUCAGUAACAAACAGUUUCAAAAAUUAUUAAAGAGUAUUGUUGUUGGUUCUGUGUUUGUUGAAUGUGAAGCAGGCGAUACUGAUUGUGAAAAAAAUCUUGCAACAAACCAUGGUGUUGGUGCCAAUAAAAUAUCUAACCGCGACAGUUUAUAUGAUAAGCGAAAACGAAGAGCUGUACCAGAUAAGGACCAUGAAAAAGAAAUAGAAAAACAUACAAAGCACUGGAAAGAGCAUUUAAACAAGUGCUUGAAAGCAGAAGACCUCUUCAAAAUUCAUGCCAUCAAUGACACAAGUCAAAUCAGCAGGGAUGACUUUCUCAGGUUGUGUCCAUCUUUGAUACAACAGAUAGAUAGCAGAGUAUGUGUGCAUACCCACGUAAAAGAAAUUGAACACUCGCAUGGUUCGCAUGGAGAGCCAACUAAAAGUCAAGUCUGGGGCUAUGGCGUACUCUCCAUUACUGUGAUUAGUUUGUUAUCACUCUCCGUCAUUAGCAUGAUUCCAUGCUUAAAAAAAUCCUUUUAUCACAAAGUGAUGGCCUACUUGGUUGCAUUGGCUGUUGGCACUUUAUCUGGUGAUGCUUUGCUUCACUUAAUUCCACAUGCAUUUGCAGCUGGUGUGAAUUCUGCAACAAAUGCAAAAGUGAGCGCGGAAGAUCAAAUCAAACAACACUACUCUCAAGUAUGGAGAGCUUUGUUUGUUCUACUUGGUAUCUACAUUUUUUUUCUGGUGGAACAGCUGAUGAAGGUUAAAGCCAUUUGCAGUGGUGGGCACGGACAUAGUCAUGGCAACAAGGAACGUGGCCAUUCCCAGUUGUCGACUAAAGAUUCUCCAGUCAUAGCUAGGAAGAAUACUCCGCCAAGAGUUGUCAACUACAGUCCGACCAAUAACAGUAUGACAGCAUUCAUGUCGGAUGAUUCUGGUGACAAGGACGAAUUAACAGUUAAAAUGUCGGAUUUGGCUGAAGAAAAUAACGGUAAUGGUCCAUUGGAUGUGUGUCAUUCAGACUUGCACGUGGACCACGAAGAAGAAGGUCACUAUCACGCUGACGAAAGACAUCACAGUCAUCAUCACGGGGGCGAGAAAGAGAUCACUAAAGAUACAAAAAUUGCUAGUGUAGCAUGGAUGGUCGUUGUUGGAGAUGGGUUUCAUAAUUUCAGCGAUGGGUUGGCUGUUGGUGCUGCAUUUUCUGCAUCAAUGUCGAGUGGAUUGAGUACUGCUAUUGCUGUGUUUUGUCACGAGCUGCCGCAUGAAUUGGGUGAUUUUGCCAUACUCAUUAAUUCUGGCAUGACCUUCAAACAAGCCAUUGUCUAUAACUUGGUAUCUGCAAUUUUGGCCUACCUUGGUCUGGCUGUUGGUAUAUUUAUUGGUGGAUCAGAAAUGGGACGGCAUUUUAUAUUGUCCAUUACAGCUGGUCUUUUUCUGUAUGUUUCAUUGGCCGACAUGUUGCCAGAAUUAACACAUCAAGAGGUUCCGCACCAAAACAUGUGUUCAACAUUCAUCUUCCAACAUUUGGGUAUUCUCAGUGGAAUCGGGAUCAUGUUGGUCAUCUCCUUAUUUGAACAUAUCAUGUGAUCAACAUGUGAUCAACAUAUGACACAAAAGAUGCGUAAAUUUCGGGGACACUUGUUUUAUCAAGUAUGUGGUUUGAUCGAAAUACGUUAGGCAGCCGCACUAAUAGGAAAGAAAACAAAGGCUAGUUCGAAAGUUCGAAGCUUUUUUAUUUUAUUCUUUGUUUGCAUGCACUAUCGUAAUUUAUAUCAUAAUCUAUAUAACUAGAAUUCGUGCGACAAUAGUCCUUUUUCGGUACUUGCUUGGUACAAAGCAUAAUUAACCUUUCACCAAUCGAAUAAUGAGAGAGAUAGCGGAAAUCUUUAGGCGACCGUUCUAAUAAUUCAAAAUAAAAAAAAUGUUUUGUAAGUUAUUUUCGUCAAAAGUACAGAAAUUUCGAGUUAUUAUUAUAUCGUUCUUUUAAUAAUGUCGAGUGUGCAUUCAAACUACAUAGUUUCAUAUGAUAGAAUUUUAAUAACGAUUUUUUCUAGAAUUUGUGAAAUUUAUAAUUUUUUGUUUUUUGACUUUGACUCUUAAUUUUCUCAUUUGAUUGCAUAUCAAGAAUUUGAGAUUAUUUUUAAUGCAAAUUUUGACUUUUUAAAUAAAUCGAGGCAAGGGUAAUAACUAGUAACGUAUUUUUUAAACGCUUUAACAGUUUUAAUUAUCUGUAUUUUAAGAGCCACGUGAGGAUUCGAUUAAGCACCAUGUCCAAUUUAGGCGCUUAUCUUGACGUUUCACGUUGGUUAAUUUUAGUUAUAACCCCGAAUUCAACCAGGUUAAAUUCAUCACUAAGUCCACAACACUUUCAUUUUUGUGUUCAUCAAUUGUCUUUACAAGCACAGCAAUGAAAUAACUGAUGCAAUAUUGUCUUUUUGACAUAUUUGAUAUAUAGGCGCCUCAUGCCAGGUAUUUAUUCGAUGGUGGCGCUUAAUUGACAAACUACGUUACUAUCAACCACUUGUAAAUAAAUAUUAAAAUAACAUUUAUAUUAAAGCUAGAAGAGCUUGUGUUAUUUAUAGGUUUGAAGACUGGGUACGGUUGGUGUAAUUUGUGGUGAACAAUUAAUGAUCUUACUGCCAUUUCCUGUGUGUGCUGAGGUGCAUUUAAUAAUUAGACCUCCGUUGUUUUCUAAAGAAAGAUCGUUACUUAUAUACAUGAAAUGUAAUUAAAUGUUUUUGCAUUCGUGUUGUUUUUUAAAUAUUUUUACACACAUUUUGUAAGAAUUGCACUUUUUAUUAGAUUCAGAAGAAAAUGUACAUAAUGGUGAAAUAGAAACGAGUCUAUGAA